CAUCUCUCCCAUCCAUACCGCAUGUGUUAUUUCUUUUGUAUACCAGGUUAUCGUUUUCGUCAAAACCAAGAAUCGAGGUUAUCGAGAUGAAGACGCUCCGUUUUGGGCAAUCAGGACGCACCUCAGUGUUGAAACCCCGACGCGAGUGGCAGUACGUUGAAAUUUGGGAUGAGUUCAACAGCCCUGCUGGUUUCAGCUCCAGUGAGAAAUUCUUGAGCGAGGAAGAAUUGCUGCAAUGGCCUCGUGAAGCUCGGCCAAAGGCAACUCUCAGGGUCCUGUUCAGCCCGGCGUCUCCAGAUGGUGAGCCUCCGGCUUUAGGAGCAAUUCCACGGCGCACUCUACAGAGUAUAACCCGUGCCUGGAACCUCCCCUCCUUGACCUAUCUUGCCGAUUCGAGGGAAAUGUCAGUCUGUUAUACAGCAAAGGCCGUGGCUCAGAUCGAUCGUGUCUCCGGGCUGGUAUUGCGGAAUAACCACGGUGGGCAUUGGUUCUACUGCCUUGCAAUGAGCUACAAUGGAGAGACACGGGAAACAUGUGCUCUAAUCAUCGGACUUCACAAUAAUUCGAUCCAAUCUCUCAAAAUGUGGCUUAAAGACUGGUCUGUCCAUGAUUCUAAGCCUACGCAUCCGCUCUUUCUGCCGUCCGUACUCAUCGAGGAAUCAUUGUUAAGAAUUUCAAAUUCUCUACAACUACAUCGCGAUAAAGUAUGGGAAGUUGAAAAUGAUACGGGCCUACAUUAUCGCAACACCGAUCCAGAUCAUCCCAACAGAUCCGAGGCCUUGGAUUUGGACAGAACUAUAAGGAAACUGACCGUUCUUCCAGGGGCAAUAUCUCAUAUAGAAUUUAUCUGUCAAACACAGCUCCGGUUCUUAGAAACACUAGCUCAGUGGUCAACGGCUGCUUAUGCAGUUACUACGGCUGAACGCGACCUAUACUGGGCCUCAAUGAUCGAAAAACUGGACCUGAUGAAAAGCAGCUUCACACACUUCCUUGGCGCUGCAGAGUACACCCACAAGCGCAUACAAGCUCAGACACAGACGAUCUACACGUUGCUCGGACAGCGAGAUAACCAUCUCAACCGAUCCAUUGCCGAGAGCCAGAGGCGUGACAGCAUGGAUAUGCGGAUAAUUGCUGUGGUCACACUUUUGUUCCUACCCGGAAUGUUCACCGCCACGCUAUGUAGCACCACCUUUUUCAACUUCCAAGUUGGCCAGGAGCAAAAAGUCCUGUCCUCUUGGAUCUGGAUCUAUGGCGUGGCCACCGUCCUCUUGACCCUUCUUGUAUUGGGAGGCUGGGUCUAUUGGACGCAUGGAGAGGGCCGGAAACAUCAAUACCAGAAAAAACUUCGCCUUGGGCAUGGCAAUGAGAUGCAUGAUGCUUCCCCCAGCCCUGAUAGCCAGCAAGGGGAUAUGUUGGCGUUUCACUGGAAGGGAGCCUAGGAGGCUUGCUUGGAAAAGAAGUCUCUGGGAUCGACGGGAGCUGUUUUGGAUAGAUGUAAUUGUGUAUGUCUCGCUCGACGGACUCACGGCAUCCUUUGCCGUAAAAAUCCAAGUAGGGCGUCUGUGACAGAGACAGCGGCUCUCAGAAAACCAGGAAAGAACGACAACAGGCCAGCCAAGGCUUACUGAGCAGAGUCGCUUUGCUCAACACCCUAGAAAAGAUCAUGGAGAAAGUCAUGGGAAAGAGAACCUCGAAAAUGGCGGAAAAAGAAAUACGUUACUCCUUGAGGCCCAUAUGGGAGGAAGGGAAAAAAGUUUCAAUAGAACAUCUGCCAGCCGACUUAAAACAACCCUUUCUACUGCUGGCCAGCCCCUCCAGCUAUUCUCUUCAUAGUAGAGAGGGUUAUCCCCUUCUUUGGACCUGUCCAACACCAAUUUUGCAGUCAAACUUGAAUUCCAAGACUGCUCC